AUGGUAAAACCAGAGGACUCGGAACCAAAGCAUACUUUUUGGUUAGAAUUUCGUAUGGGCAAGAGGAGGAUAGUGGCCACAGCAGGGGCCCGGAGGGAGCGGAAGGGAGAAGGGAGUGGAGGGGGGAAGGCAGGCCCGGAAGGGGGUAAAACGAGGGGUGAAAGGGGGAGAAGGUUGGAGGGAAAAGCCGGGCGAGGACGAGGAGGAGGAAAGGCGGGGCAGAGGGCCCGGAAAGGAGGGAAAGGGCAAGGACCGAGAAGCGAAGUGGAGGCAGGCCACGUCCCCGAAAAAAGGAAGCGCAGGGAAAAGUGGGACAAAAAGGGAGGGAAAAAGCGGGGGGAGGAAGGUAGGAAGGGCAGACGGUGCCGGCAUGAACGGAAGGGGAGCACGAAGAAGCAAGGGGGGGAAAGCGCCCGCGAAGGGGUGAAAGGAAGGGGGGAACGGGCGGGCAACAAGAAAGGCGGGGCCAAAGGAAGCCGAGGAGGAGUGAGGACGAUAGGAGGAGGGGCACAGAGGGUGAGGAGGGAGCACGGAAGGGGAAGAAGUGAGAGCGAGGGGGGGAAGGCAGGCCGGGGAGGAGGGGAACGGGGAAAAAGGGGGGUGAGGUGGGAGGGAGGAAGGGCCAACGAAAAAAAGAAAAACAGGGGGCGGGGCAAAAAAGAAAAACGGAGGGGGGGCGUACCCGGACCACAGAAGGGGAGAAAAAAGAGAGAACAACCGAGGCAGGAGACGGACGGAGAAGGGACAGAAGAAAAAGGGGAGCAAAAGCCCACCGGGCAAAGGGAGGGCGCGAACGGUGAGAGGGGCAGACAAAAAGGGAAAACAACCCCGAGGAAAAAAGAGGGGAGACAGGGGAGCACGGGGAAAAGGGGUGCGGGGAGGGGAAGGCAAAAAGAAAAAAAGACGAAAAAAAAAAAAAAAAAAAAAAGAGAAAUAAAAAAGGGGAAGGGCGACCCGGAGCACGGAAGGGGGAGAAAGAAAGAGAGAACAAACGAGGGGCAGACCGACGCAACGAGACAAACGGGGAACGGGAGGGGGGGGAGGCGUAAGGCCAAAGAAAAAGAAGAAAAAACAAAAAAAAAAAACAAAAACCGAAAAAAAAAGGAGGACCGCGCGGAGGACGCGGAGCAGGGAAGGGGAGAAAAAGAGGAGACAAUGAGGGGAGACGAGAAGAGAAAGGGCAGCAAAGCGGGAGCCGGGGGGAGUGACGGUCCAACGGGAACACGGGAAGGAGGAGAAGAGAGAGAGGAGGACGGAAACUGGCGGAGGGCGGAGAACGGAAAGACGGAGGAGAGCAGAGAGAAAAGGAAAACGAAGAAGGGAAACGAGGCAAGAAAGGAGCAACAAAAAGCCACGCGCGCGGGCGUGCUGGCCGCAGGCCCGAAGCAAAGAGCCGGAGGCGCCACGAAGGGGGGCCGCGCGCGCCAAGCGAGCAGCGGACACGCGGCACGAGGGGGAGGCCAGAGACGAGACGGGCGAGGGGAGGAAGAGAGGCGGGGAGGAACGGGGACCACGCAAAAGGCAGGCGAAACACGAAAAAGAGGGGAAGACGCCGGGAACGCGAAACCAAAAGCAGAGCGAGCCGAGGGGGAGAGGAAAAAGAAAGCGGAGGGAGGGGAGGAAGUAAACGAGCUACAACAAAAAGAAGAAAGCCAGUCUCGCAAGCUUGAUGGGGCUGGUAAAGGACCACCAGAAAGCUACCUUCUAAUUAUAAAGAUUCCCAUCUAUCGAUAA